AUGACUACAAUAUUGGUCAAUCACAAGGACACAAAAAGAAUCUCUGUCGCUAGCAGCAGCGAAAAACUCUCCAAUUUCUCCACAGACAAUAAUGGGGACAUUCCCAGCCUAGGGAUGCCAGUGGAUGCUAAGGCAUUUGGCUUUUUGUCACUCUGGAGGCAAGAUAAAAAGGACUUGGACGCUGUAGCAACACAGCCAUCGGUGUUUGAUGACCCCACAACACUUGAGAUCUACCGACCACCUCCACAGUACGAAAAUACACAUCGUUUCGACCCGCUUGCACGCUGGACAUGGAGAGAGGAGAAGCGUGUCUUGAGAAAGAUUGACAUUCGAAUCAUGUUGUGGGCAUUUAUCAUGUUUUUCUCCCUGGAGCUCGAUCGCAGCAACCUUAGUCAAGCCAAUGCCGAUAAUAUUUUAAACGACCUGGGCCUGUCAACUAACGACUUCAACCUUGGAAAUAUUUUAUUCCGCCUAUCUUUUCUGCUUGCAGAAUUUCUCACUGGCAGAGCUUCCUUCACAAUUGAUAUCAAAACGGGUGGGUCCAGACGUAUGGAUACCUUGCCAGGCAAGAUUAUCAUUCUUAUGUUGCUUGCCUCACUAAAAUCAAACCAGAUGGUUCUCUGGAGUGCAGUUUCUACUUCUCAGUUCUGGUUAUCUGGAAGACGAAGCUUUCUAGCAUGCAGGUGUCUCCUUGGAUUUAUGCAAGGCGGUUUCAUUCCCGACAUUGUACUAUAUCUUUCGUAUUUCUACACCAAGAAUGAACUGCCUAUCAGACUAGCUUUCUUCUGGGUAUCUAAUUAUACCUCAGAUAUAGUAAGCGCCUUCCUGGCCACUGGAAUUUUGCGACUACGAGGAGUCGGUGGACGAGCAGGAUGGCGCUAUCUCUUUCUUUUGGAGGGCAUAUUAACAUUGGCUGUCGGGCUCUUGUCCUUUGCCCUGAUGCCACCCGGACCAACACAAACAAAAGCAUGGUACAGACCGGAAGGAUGGUUUACCGCAAGCUUAGAGAAGAAGUUAUAA